GGCUAUUGUGAUAGUCCUUUCAUCCACACAGGUUAAAGUGCUUUACAAAUGCGUGGUGAUAGUGGACUGGAUGGGUUAGGAGGACCAGGUGUACAACUAGGAAGCCCAGAUAAGAAAAAACGCAAGACAAAUACACAGGGGCCUUCUUUUCCUCCGUUGUCUGAGUAUGCUCCACCACCGAAUCCAAACUCUGACCAUCUAGUGGCUGCUAAUCCAUUUGAUGACAACUAUAAUACUAUUUCCUAUAAACCACUACCUUCGUCCAAUCCAUAUCUUGGCCCUGGUUAUCCCGGCUUUGGAGGUUAUAGCACAUUCAGAAUGCCACCUCACGUUCCUCCAAGAAUGUCUGCCCCAUACUGUGGUCCUUACUCACUCAGGAACCAGCCACACCCAUUUCCUCAGAAUCCUUUGGGCAUGGGUUUUAAUCGACCUCAUGCUUUUAACUUUGGGCCACAUGAUAAUUCAAGCUUUGGAAAUCCAUCUUAUAAUAAUGCACUAAGUCAGAAUGUUAACAUGCCUAAUCAGCAUUUUAGACAAAAUCCUGCUGAAAACUUCAAUCAGAUUCCUCCACAGAAUGCUAACCAAGUAUCUAACCCUGACUUGGCAUCUAACUUUGUCCCUGGAAAUAAUUCAAAUUUUACUUCUCCAUUAGAAUCUAAUCAUUCUUUUAUUCCUCCCCCAAACACUUUCGGUCAAGCAAAAGCACCACCCCAGAAACAAGACUUUAGUCAAGGAGCAACCAAAAACACUAAUCAAAAUUCCUCUGCUCAUACACCUCACUUAAAUAUGGAUGACACAGUGAAUCAGAGUAAUAUUGAAUUAAAAAAUGUUAAUCGAAACAAUGCAGUAAAUCAAGAGAAUAACCGUUCGAGUACCACAGAAGCUACAAAUAACAGCCAUGCAAAUGGGACACAGAAUAAACCACGACAACCUAGAGGUGCCCCAGAUGCGUGCACCACUGAAAAAAGCAAUAAAUCCUCUCUCCACCCAAGCCGUCACGGCCAUUCUUCUUCUGACCCAGUGUAUCCCUGUGGAAUUUGUACAAAUGAGGUGAAUGAUGAUCAGGAUGCCAUCUUAUGUGAAGCCUCUUGUCAGAAAUGGUUUCAUCGGAUCUGUACUGGAAUGACUGAAACAGCUUAUGGCCUCCUAACUGCGGAAGCAUCAGCAGUGUGGGGCUGUGACACCUGUAUGGCCGACAAAGAUGUCCAGUUAAUGCGCACUAGAGAGACUUUUGGUCCCCCUGCAGUGGGCAGUGAUGCUUAAUCACCGGAUUAGUUAAAGUGAUUUUUUUUCCAUGUGUCUUUUCAGAGGUUCAGUGACACAGGAUUUUAAUGUUUUAUAUUAUUUUUUUAA